CAGGUUUCUCUGAUUUGGGAGACUCGCUGGCGAUGUUAACGAAGCCCGGAAAGAAGCUUGACUCUUCAGAGCCAAGUCACCAUGUCUCGUCCUUGGGGCCAAAAGAAUCAACUCAUCAGACAACGAGUUCGAAUUAUCCACCGUUAGAUAUUGUUCAUCAAACUCCACAACCACGUAAAGAGAUGCAACAAAAGCCAUUGUUCGAUCACAAGAAGAUGGAUAAUCUUAUAAAACCAGAGCCAUCUGGGUUCAGCAAUCAUCACCGUCCAAUCCCUAGUCCAAAAAUCCCAUCCUCACCUGGUUCCAGCAUGGCCGAGUCACAAUCAAACCUAAACACCAAACCAGGCAACAACAACAGUAACAACAAUAGCAAUAUGAGUUCAAGAAGCAACAGCAUUGAGAGCACUUCCUCUAAUCCCUCUAAGCCACACACAGGUGGUGACAUAAGGUGGGAUGCUGUGAAUAUGUUGACCUCCAAAGGAGUCCAGCUCGGUAUCAGCGAUUUCCGGCUUCUUAAACGGCUCGGUUAUGGAGACAUUGGGAGUGUUUACCUAGUCGAGCUCAGAGGAACCAACACCUAUUUUGCCAUGAAAGUGAUGGACAAAGCUUCCUUAGCUAGCAGGAACAAGCUGUUGCGAGCUCAAACAGAGCGAGAGAUCUUGUCUCAGCUUGAUCACCCCUUCCUGCCCACUCUAUACUCACAUUUUGAAACAGAUAAGUUCUAUUGCUUGGUCAUGGAGUUUUGUGGUGGUGGUAAUCUCUAUUCCUUGAGACAGAAGCAACCAAACAAAUGUUUCACAGAAGACGCUGCAAGAUUCUUUGCUUCUGAAGUGCUAUUGGCAUUGGAGUAUUUGCACAUGCUCGGAAUUGUUUACCGUGACUUGAAGCCAGAAAAUGUUUUAGUCAGAGACGAUGGACACAUUAUGCUCUCCGAUUUCGAUUUAUCCCUCCGAUGCUCCGUCAGUCCAACCCUCGUCAAAUCAUCCUCUGUUCACGCCGCCGCCGGCGGAAGCGGAAGCAAUCGGCCUGUAGGUCUCAUCGACGAGGACGCGGCGGUGCAAGGUUGUAUCCAACCGUCCACAUUCUUCCCGCGGAUUCUACAGUCGUCGAAGAAGAAUCGAAAAGCGAAAUCGGAUUUCGGACUCUUCGUUAACGGAUCCAUGCCGGAACUCAUGGCUGAGCCAACGAACGUUAAAUCAAUGUCAUUCGUCGGAACACACGAGUAUUUAGCACCGGAGAUUAUCCGUGGUGAAGGACACGGAAGCGCCGUAGAUUGGUGGACCUUCGGAAUUUUCAUCUACGAGCUUCUCUAUGGAGCGACGCCGUUUAAAGGACAAGGAAACCGUGCAACGCUUCACAACGUGAUCGGACAAGCUUUAAGAUUCCCUGAGUUUCCUCAUGUGAGCUCGGCGGCGAGAGAUCUAAUCAAAGGAUUAUUAGUUAAAGAACCACAAAAACGAAUCGCUUACAAACGUGGCGCGACGGAGAUCAAGCAGCAUCCGUUUUUCGAAGGUGUGAAUUGGGCGCUGAUUCGGAGUGCAACGCCACCACAUGUACCGGAACCGGUGGAUUUUUCGUGUUACGCAAGCAAGGAUAAAGAGUCUAUGGCGGCUGUUGACGGCGGCGGAAAGAAAAACAAUAUCGGUGCCGGAGGUGGUUGCAGCAGUGUCGGCGGUGGUGAUAACAAAUCUAACGGCGAUUGCCAUGAUCCUGAUUACAUUGACUUUGAAUAUUUUUAGCAACUGAUAUACGUUUUGUUCCUCUUUGCCUCCGGGAUCUGCUGCAAUCUGUUUGUUCUAACAUACGCCCUGGUUAACUGGUCUAUUCUUCUUUCUCUCUGUUGUUGUAUGUUAAAUCUAUUUAUAGUGAUUGAUCCUACUCUCAUAUGCUUAUUACGAUGUUUUUUUUUUGUGAAGUGUCCUCCUUCUUUUAGGGUUUUUGAGGAUGCAAAGAAGUCUAGUUCUGUCUCAGUUUAUUUUGAAAGAUGUCUUUGAUCUCGGUUCCCUGUUACCUCUUUGGCGGUGUCUUCUAUCUCCCUUUGUUUUAUUUUUAGGGUUUUGAAUUUCCCUAUUACCUGAUGUUUUUCGUUUUAAUUCGUAGAGGUCAAGGCAUUGUGGGAGGGAUGAAUGGUUUUAAGUAUAAUUUUGUGUUUCUGGUUACUUCUCAUCUAUACACUUUUUUCCCUAUAGAUUGUUUGAUCUAAUAUUGGCUAUUGUUGGGGUGAGGUUCCGUUCCUUUUUGCCUCCGGGAUCUGUUGCAAGAUGUUUGUUCUAACAUACUCCCUGGCUAACUGGUCUAUCCCUCUUUCUCUCUGUUGAUGUAUGUUAAAUCUUUAUAGUGUUUGAUCCUACUGUCAUAUGCUUGUGACGAUGUUUUUUUUAUAUGUUAAGUGUCCCCCUUCUUUUAGGUUUUUUGAGGAUGCAAAGAAGGCUAGUUCUGUCUGAGAUUAUUUUGAAAGAUGUCUUUGAUCUGUCGUGGUUUCUUGUUACCUCUUUGGCGGUGUCUUUUCUCCCUUUGUUUUAUUUUUAGGGUUUCUAAUUACCUGAUGUUUUUCUUUUCUAACUGUUGGAGAAAUUUUCGUUUUAGAUUGUAGAGGUCAAGGCAUUGUGGGAGGGAAAGAUGGUAUUUGUAUAAUUUUGUGUUUCUGGUUACUUCUCAUCUAUACACCUUUUUUCCUAUAGAUUGUUUUAUCUUAUAUUGGCUACUGUUGGUGAGGUUUUUGUUUCUCUUGCCCUUUAGAUAAUUCAGCAAUCUGUUUUAUUGUUUACAUGCCAAAGGCCCUGUCUUUUGUUAUAGAUAUUCGAGGUUCUAAAGAGAAAAGCUUCAGGUUUACUAAAUAGAUUCUGUCCCCUUUAUCUCUGUUGGUGUUAUCUCUCAUGCUACAUCUAUAUUAGUGAUGGCUUGUUUUUAUGUGAAGUGCUCCGCUCCCCUUGUUUAUAGGUGGUUACUACUUGGUCUCUUCCGUUGUUUAUCCCAUUUGGAUUUUUAGGCAACUGAGGGAUGGAUUUUUAUUUGCAAUUUUUUCUGAUACCUGUGAUGUUUUUUGUCUUAUUUCAUGGAGAUGUAAUCUGCUUUCGUUCCCCUUAUCUGUUUUUGCCUUUUUGGUUAUGCAGUCUGCAUCUUUUCUAUGGUUUUACGGUAAUCUCUUCUGCUUGAGAUGAAAUCAUUAUCUUCACAUAGGAGUUUGGAUGUUGCAAAGUGGAAGUUCUGUUUUGGCCUGCUUGCCAACAUUCCCCUGUAUCUGUACAUCAUGAGUUUAUGAGGUGGCUUAUUUCUGUUGUUAUCUAUAGUGUUGAUUGCCGAGGAAGGAAAAACAAGUUUCAACCUUCUGCGUGGUUGUCUCAACAGAGAUGAACUUGAAGGUUCCAUCUCUGGUGGAUUCAGGUGUUUUGAGCUACUCUUCUUUUGCGUUUUGAUUCUUAGUUUUCUUUGGCUAGGAAAUACUGCGUCUCUGUUGAAUAGUGAAUUACUUCUGACUGUUGUAGUUUACUGGGUUUCCAAGAAAAGAGGCAAUUUUUUUCUCAGAGUUUAUGCUGUUUAUUAUGGUUGCAUUGUAUUUUGCUACUCAGUGAGUAAAUAUAUGUGCUGUAGAUAUCAAGGAUCCAGUACAUUUACUUUUGUGUUGGUCUGUUUCUCCAACAAGACAAGGUAACGCUGAAGGUUCUGAGUUUUGCUCUUCGGUUUUGUUUUGUAAACGUUUUUGUUCUGGUCUCUCUUCUAUUUAAUAGUCUCUGGGGAUUAGUUGGCCGUGAUGGUGGAAGCUCUGUAGGUUUACUUCUCUACCAUACUUGGUCUACCGAUUUGAAGAUUUGUCUUUUGUACCUUUGAUGAUGAUUCUCAGUUUUGCAGCAAUGUUUCAGUUUUGCGCCUUCUAGUCAUUAACUGCCACAAUGAGAUCUUUAGUGUUUUUGUAGGCUAAUAGAAGGUGAAGAGCCUCUUGGUUUUGAUGAUAAUGCUCCCUACUUCUGACUUCUGAGGUUUCUUUCUUCCUGGGUUGUAGCUGGUUUUAAUGGUUCUGUAGACAUUUGAUAAUGAAGUCCUCACUACAUUUUGUCUGGGUCAUGUAAUAUGUUAUCAGUGGAUUUCAGGUGAGGCUUAAUCUCAUGGAUUAUUCUUGUGGAAUGCUCCCAGUUAAUCAGUGAAAAUUGAGAAAAUGACCUUACUUCUGGUGAAGAAGUUGAUUGCAAUAUAUUGUUGGAUUGUUA